GAAAAUUCAUAUGAAGCAAGAUUGAACCUUGCAGGAUACAAGAAGGAGGAAUUGGAUAUAUCAAUACAUGACCAUAAAAUAACUGUGAAGGCUACUCAUCCAGCUGAAGAAGACAAAGAUAACGGAUUCAGCUACUUGAUCAAUGAGAGUCGGUCAUCAUCGAUCGCUAGCCGGACAUGGAAACUCCCAGAGCAUGUCACAGAAGACAAUAUCCAUGCUUCCUACACUGAUGGAUUGCUCACUCUGAGAUAUUCGAGACACGCCCCUGAAUCUGAACCAAAGAAGAUCAGUAUCAAUUAA